AUGUUGAUGCAUUGUGGAGUUUUGGUUCGCUUUGUAAUUUGUCUCUGUUUGGCGAGCUUUACUGCUGGAAAAUGUAAUCCUGAAAUGUGUGGAUCAAUUAAUGUGAGUUAUCCUUUCUGGAUUAACAAUGAUGCUUGUGGAUACCCUGGUUUUCAGAUCACUUGCGGUGACAAAGAUAUUGGCAUACCCUGGUUGGCCCCCUUCCUUUAUGGCGCUAGUAGUGGUAAUAAUUCUGAACCAUAUGACGCUAUUCUGGAGAUCGAUUAUACGGGUUACCUUGUCAUAAACUCUUUUAAUAUUUAUGCUGAAUCGUGUGAAGCAAAUAGCAGUGGAGCAAGCUACUAUGAUCUACCUUCAGAUGGGCCUUUCACUAUUUCAAACUCCAAUAGGUUCAUUGUUGUCGGCUGCGAUACAUUCGGUAACUACAGUUUUGGGGGUUUGGGAGAGGUGGGGUGCGUAUCAAAAUGUGACUCUCAAAACGAUCGACCAUACUGCCGCUACGGUUGUUGCGAAAUUAACCUUCCAAAUAAUCAGCAGUCGAUAAAUUUCACCGGCGGAGGCAGGCUUCUUAUGGUCUCCGCCUUAACUGGGGGAUCGGCCUUCAGAAUUGUUCCAUGGCUAAACCAACUACAAAUUAUUCUUGCUCUUCCUAAGCAGAAUGCAUUGACUCCCCUUCCGGAAAAGGAUAUGUAUGCAGAUGUCUUCCUGGAUAUGAAGGACAUGGUUACUUCAAAGGCACAGAUUGUACAGGCUUUUAAUCCUAGUGAUGAUGACUGUUCAGACAUAAACGAGUGCAGUGAUAGGAAGUUGAAUAUGUGCGUUGGAGCAGAGGGAGGAGGAAUAUGCCUGAAUUCAGUAGGUUCCUACAACUGUUCGUGUGUAAAGGGAUAUGAAGGAGAUGGCUUUAGAAAUGGGACAAGAUGCAUCUACACAAGUUCAAAUCGUGCUGUCUUUCCUGCAAUCAUAGGAUCCGUCUCUUCGUUUGUCGUUGUCUGUUUAGCAGGAUCUAUUGUGGUUUGGUGGCUAAAGAAACGCCACUUGAAAGUUGUGGAGGCCAAAUAUUUUCAGCAGUUGCAGCAACACAUCGCUUCCAGAGUGGGUAGAGAAAGCUUGAGAAUGUUUUCUGCCAAAGAAUUGACAAGAACUUCUAAUAAUUAUUCAAAGGAAAUGGUGUUGGGAAGUGGCGGCUUCGGAACUGUGUUUAAAGGCAUUCUAUUGGAUGGUACUCUCGUGGCCAUUAAAAAGUCCAAGCAAGCUUUGAAUCUAGAGGAUGACCAUGAGUUUCUUAACGAAGUUUCAAUUCUCUCCCAAAUAAAUCACAGAAACAUAGUGAAAUUGUUAGGCUGCUGCAUCCAUACUAAAUUUCCAUUGUUGGUAUCUGAAUUCGUUACAAAUGGAACUCUGUUUGAACAUUUACACUCGAAAGAAAGUUAUUUGGCAUGGGCUUCACGUCUGCAGAUUGCAAUCGAGACAGCAGAGGCUUCGGCAUAUUUACACUCUGGAGCAUCUCAACCCAUUUUCCAUCGGGAUGUAAAAUCGUGUAAUAUUCUUCUGAAUGAGAGGCUCUCUCCCAAACUUGCAGACUUCGGGAUUUCUCGUCUCAUCUCCGCUUCCAACGAUACAUAUCUCACCACUAAUAUAAUGAGCACAAGAGGUUACUUAGAUCCUGAGUACUUCCAAACGUAUCAACUCACCGAGAAAAGCGAUGAAUACAGUUUUGGUGUAGUCCUGGUUGAGCUUUUAACAUCUCUCAAACCUAUCUCCACAGAAAGAGCCAGCGAGGAGUGGAAUUUAUCUUAUCUUUUCCUGUCCAGACUUAAUGACAACCGCCGCACAGAAAUCUUGGACAGCAAAGUAUUGAAGGAGGAAAACCUCCAACAGAUGGAAGAUAUGGGAAGGUUAGCAAGAGAAUGCCUUCAUUUGGAAAGGAGGAAAAGGCCGCUGAUGAAAGAAGUCGUGGAGGAACUUUUCUGGAUAAGAGGUGGGACAAGAAAGACAAAAUUCCAUGACAGUGUAAACUGCGACGAUGCUAUAUUUGAGCAGACAACAAUUUCCAGAAAAACGCCACAAAAUUCAUAUGAAUUCAGGAGUUACACUUUUCCAUCUACAGCUGGGAGUACGUCGGAAGAACCAUCCACUGCACUGAUUGAGAUGUCGACCCUGCCUUAA